CACUCACGUAGCCUUGGCGUGCCUGCAGGCAAAUAACAUGGAGUCGAGCGGGUUCAUGGAAAAAAAUGUAGCACCGAUGUGACAAAAUUAUAGCAACACACUCUACAUGCAUUCAUGGACUGAGGAUAUCCGUAGCUUUGUUCCAUAUGAAGCAUGGAGAACGGUGCGUAAACAACUCCUUUCUUCAGAUCUCAAGCCAGGCCGUUUUCCUGGAAGAGAACACCACACAAUGUAGACUGUAGUGGUCAGUAGUGGGACGCCAUACUGUGCUCUGGGGACCAUGGAGCUAGAGGGGGACUCUCUUUCUCCCAGGGAUUCCUUCACCUCAGUGAGCAGCUAUGGGCCACCACCCUCAUUCUCAGCACAGGACACCGCAACACACAACCUCCUAAAUCACACCUUACAGGUUUCAGACGAGCUCACCUUCAGUGGGAGCCCAUGGUCCAGUGGUGACAAUGGGGACUUUGAGAGGACCGGAGGCCCCUUAUCCCAGGUGGAAUCAGGGAGGAGUGCACAGAGGAGCAUCAGGCCCUCAGCCUUUCCCUCCUCCCUGACCUGGGACUCUGACUCUGAGAAAGAGACACUAGACGAGGAGGAGCUACAGCACUUUUCUAACCCUCAUGGUCUGGCCGCUCACAGCCCAGGAUCCCCCUCCUCUGGACUCAGACCUGACAGUGAGGAUCACCAAGCACCUGAACAAUUGCAGCACGUACCCACUGAGACAAACCUACUCAGCCAUGUGGAGGAUCGGGACCAAGACAAGCCUAACACACACAGAGAGAAGCCAAAAAAGGGCCAACAUAGUUCAAAAGAAUUGGCAGAUGACAGAGUCUGGGAUAUAUCGGAGAAAGCUGAACUGUUUCAGUCCAAAGUGACAUCAAAGGAGGGGCGCAAAAUUGAAGAGGAAAGAGAGGAAGAGGACCUGACAGGGAAGGACAAGGAACCUGAGCGGGAUGUGUACACCUUUCCUGGAGACUCAGACACAGAGAGCCCCCCACCAGCACCCUGGGCACACUGCACCUUCAUCCAGCGUCGGAAGAAGAAAAGGGCCCUGCUCAGGCCCUUCUCUGGCCAGGGCUCCUGGGAACGCACAUCAACAGGAGCUGGUAAGAAGGCAAGGGGUGCUUCCUCAAGAGCAAAGAGCUUGGUGCCAGUGAAGGUGAGUGGAGGGGCCUAUGACUGUAAGGAGGACUUGGAAAAGGCAACAGAGGAUCUGGAGAAGGUAGAAGAGGAAACGGGUGGUGAAGAAGGAGGAGAGGGAGAGCUUAGUGAAGAGAUUUUCACAUGUGUGGAAUGUAGCAUUUACUUCAAGAAGCAGGUCUACCUGCAGGAUCACAUGCAAGAGCACAGUCAGAGCAGGCCGGGGGCUGGCAGGAGGGAGCGCGGAGUGAAGGGCGCACGAUUUCGGUGCGCGGAGUGUGGAUGGAACCUGUCAAACAGGCUGGCUCUGGCGGACCACAACAGACGACACCAGGAGUCUCGUCAGAAGAUCCUGGAGGAGAUUGGGAAGCUGAAUGACAGUGGGAAAGGAGAGACUACGCAGGGUGAGUCGAGCAAGGUGACCAAACCUGCAAGCCCAGUCCUAGAACCAUUUGUAGCUCCAGUCACGAAUCUAACUCUAGUCCCAUUCACAGAGCCAGUCCCAGCUCCAUUCACAGAGCCAGAUCCAGCUCCAUUCACAGAGCCAGAUCCAGCUCCAUUCACAGAGCCAGAUCCAGCUCCAUUCACAGAGCCAGAUCCAGCUCCAUUCACAGAGCCAGAUCCAGUCCCAGUUCCAGUCCGGGCCCCAGUCAAAGCUCGAGCCAAAACCCCAGUCAAAGCAAAGGUCAAAGGCCCAGCCAAUCGUCGCUAUCUCUGCCUCAAGUGUGACUUCAGUACACGCACCUCACAGGCAUUGGCCAACCACGCCAAGACCCACAACAGAAAACCUACUGGUCUGCAGCGAGCCUCUCCAGGCUUUCAGCCAAAGCUCACUCCUAUGGAGCCUCCUGUGUCACCUGGAUCUGCCUCUGGCUUGACCUCAAUCUCUCUCACUUGUGAUCAGUGUGCCUUCCAGGCCUCCAGUCAAACUGUUCUAAAGGAGCACCAACACGUGGCUCACCCUGCGCAGACCUCCAUCUGUGGGGAAGUGCCUGAAGAGAUUAACCGUCCAGGGUCCAGAAUUGAUGCCUCCUCUCCACCAUGUUCUGAUAAGCUUUCUAAGCCUGUCUCUCCACCAGAGGGCCAAAGCCAGUCAAAGGCCAGUAAGUCUUCCUCUAGUUGGAUCUCUGCUAUGAAGGACAGUGACACACAGCCCCAACCAUCAAACACUGCUACAGCUCCCCAGCGUAGAGAGUUAGCCUUUAAGACCAUCGGGAACACGAGGGCAAAUAGGAGAGGGAAGGCGGGGACAGAACUCCUCCGGCCAAAUCCCAGACUGGACAGCGGUCCACCUGAGACUGAUGAUGCACAAAGACAGCGCCAGAGCCCUGACUUGGCAGCCGAUAUGAACCAAAAAGCGACUGAAUCACUUGUUGGAUCCAAACCGCUCACCAGGGCUCGAUCCCUCCGAGAUGACUCCUCUCUAAAACAACAGAGCCUCAUGGCCUCAAGCUCUACAGAAGGGAAGCCCGUGAAGGAAGAGGAAGAGGACGGGGAGACAAAGGUUGCUUUUGAAAAGAAGAGUAACAAGGUUUUUGCUGCUGAAAAUGACGAUGAUGAUGACAACGAUGAUCAUGACGAAGAAGAGGAAGAGGAGAAUAUCCGGCGUUUCCUAGAGGAGGGCAUAUCAGAUGAGGAUUAUGAGGAGAUUGAUGAGGAAACAGGGACCCUGAAGAGCGUGGAGAAGAAAUGCCCCUACUGCCCUGAUCGCUUCCACAACGGCAUCGGGCUGGCCAAUCAUGUGAGGGGCCACCUCAACCGAGUGGGCGUCAGCUACAACGUGCGCCACUUCAUAUCCCCUGAGGAGGUCAAUGCCAUUGAGAAGAAGUUCUCCUACCAGAAGAAGAAGAAAAAGGUUGCCAACUUUGACCCGGAUACGUUCAGUGUGAUGCGCUGUGAGUUCUGCAGUGCUGGCUUUGACACCCGGGCUGGCCUGUCCAGCCACGCCAGGGCGCACCUGCGGGACUUUGGGAUUACUAACUGGGAGGUGACUGUCUCGCCCAUCCAUAUCCUCCGGGAGCUCUUCUCCAGCCGCCCAGACCUGGUCCUCCCCACAGCCCCCCCACGCAGCCCAGCCUCAGACGAGGAGGAGGAAGACCUGGUCCUCCCCACAGCCCCCCCACGCAGCCCAGCCUCAGACGAGGAGGAGGACGAAGACCUGGAGACGGAGGAGGAAGAACCAGGGGGAGGGGAGGGGAGUGAAGAGGCAACAGGUGCAACAGUCUCCAACCUACUGCCAUCGUCGCCUUCUCAGCCUUGGGAGAAAGACCACAGCGUUGGUGAGCCUGAAGGCGGGGAGGAGGAAGAGCAGAUGCCAGCACUGGACAGCUUGACCUCCAGCCCAGGGAGGAAGGGUCUGUUUUCACUGGACCCAGAGAGCCCCUCCCCGAGGGAUGAAGCUGACAUCAAGGUGUCCAACCUGUUAAAGUGUGAGGUGUGCAGUGCCCCCUUCGAGACGAGGCGGGGCCUAUCUAGUCACGCCCGUUCCCACCUGCGCCAGCUGGGCAUCGGCAUGUCGGAGAGCAGCGGGGCACCCAUCGACCUCCUCUACCAGAUCACCAAGGAGCGUGGUCUGGAUGGGCACUUCCCCCCCUCCCCUCCCCCGCCCCCCCGUCGCCAAGAAGCCCCUUCCCGUCCUGCCAACCCCACGGAAAGAGGAGAGAUAUCGCCCCCAUCUCUUCUCUGCUGCCUGUGUCCUCCCCCCCUGCGCUGUCUGGACCAUAAGCCUGGAGGGGUGAAGAGCACCACCUCUAACCUCUCUGCCAAACCCUUCUGGGCUCCACAGGAGACUGAUGCCCCACUCAACCUCACAUUGGAGGUGGACCCCAACAAGGACAUAGUGUGCCAGCUGUGUGGCGCCUGGUUCGAGACACGGAAGGGCCUGUCCAGCCAUGCCCGAGCCCACCUGCGUCACUUUGGGGUGGAGUACUCAGAGUCCAAAGGUUCCCCCAUAGACCUCCUCAACCAGCUCAUUCACACUGAUGACUUCAAGCACAGAGCCAGCGCCCUGCAGCCUGAGGGGCCCCAAGGGCUCAGGGGCCUCACAGCCAGCCUCUCCUUCCCCAAACGCUCCCUCCUCACCACCUCCUCCACACCUCUCCUCUACAAGGUCACUACGAUGGGGGGCGGAUCUGGGUCCAAAACUACCUCUUCCUCAAUGUUUGGCCCGCCCUCCAAACGUCCCAAGUCCUCCAAAUUACAGGUCUUCCGUUUGAGUGGUGGGGAACUCACGGCCAUCCCCCACAGUGAACCAGUGAAGGAGAUCGGCUGUGAGUUCUGUGGGGAGUACUUUGAGAACCGUAAAGGUCUCUCCAGUCACGCGCGUUCCCACCUGCGCCAGAUGGGCAUCACAGAGUGGACAGUCAACGGUUCCCCCAUAGACACCCUGCGAGAGCUGAUCACACGUCGAGGUCUACCAUGCGCCCUGCCCCUCAAGCCCCUAAAAUCUCCCCCUCCAUCCCCCGGACCCCCUCGCUCCCCCUUGUCCUCCCCUGCCUCGCCCAGCCUCCUGAGUCGCCUCCCUUUUGCCUUCGCCCACCCACCCAGCCACCAGUCCACAGUGCGUAAGAUGGGCUCAGCUCCACCGGCCUCCCCUAGCCUGAUAGUCAAGCUGAAGCCUGAGCCUAUGCAGCUGGAAGUCACCAUGCCAGGAGCGGUGGGGGGAGCAGCGGGAUACUCCUCUGAGCCACUGAAUUGCAGUUGGAGCAGCUCCGACAAUAUGCUCCCUCUUAACUUGGUCACAGCCCAUGAAGUAGAGCCCACUCGGGACAUCCGCUGUGAGUUCUGUGGGGAGUACUUUGAGAACCGUAAAGGUCUCUCCAGCCACGCCCGUUCCCACCUGCGCCAGAUGGGCAUCACAGAGUGGACAGUCAACGGCUCCCCCAUAGACACCCUGAGAGAACUCAUGCACAAGAAUGGGGGCACCUCGUCCCCAGCCCCGGGGCUGAAGAAGGAGACCAGCCAGGGGUCCAGCCCCACCUGGGAAGGCCUGGUGGGGGGCCUGGGUUACCAGUCGCCCAAGUUCUCCCGCAAAUCCCCCCUCAACCUGCUGCACUCUGGCUCCCGGCUUCAUAAGCACGGCCUGGGGGCGGUGGGCCUCUCUUCCACCCCUCCCGCUGGGAAGUUUUUUGCGGUGUCCUUGCUGGGUAAAAGACCCAUGUCGGAGGAGGGCCGUCCAGUUGAGAGGUCACCAUCCCACCCACAGUCCUUUUCGCCCCUGCCACAUGACCUCUCCAUCAAAGGGAAGUCCUCUCCAGACAAGAAUGCCGGAGGGCACCUGGAUGCCAGCUGUGAGCUGUGUGGGUUCUACUUUGAGAACCGCAAGGCGCUGGCUAGCCACGCGCGGGCCCACCUGCGGCAGUUUGGCGUGACAGAGUGGUGUGUGAACGGUUCGCCCAUCGAGACGCUGAGUGCCUGGAUGCGCAGCCGGCCCCACAGGGUGGUGGAGAUGCACCGCAGCUACAUGCAGGGCUCCAACCGCUCCACCUCCAAGAAGAAAAGCAGCUCGUCUCUCUCCCCAUCGUCCGACUCUGACCUCCUCCCCCCCAUGCCCUCCCAGAAGCAUUCCUCCUCCUCCCAGUGGGCGGCUCUGGGGCUGGCCCAGGCCAGACGGGUAGGCCGGGAGCUCACCCUGGCAUCACCCCGGGCAGCAGAGGGUGAUGCAGGUCUCACUCCCCCCUCCCGACCCAGCCACAGCAGCCACAGUCCCAGCCCCGCCCGACUUUCCAACACCCUUCCUCCCCACACACAGGUGGCCCGCAGCGAGCUCAACGUGCGCCUGCCCAGAGGCUUUGAGCGGCGACCUCUUAAACACCCCUCCCACUCAGAGGGAGGAGAGAGGGACAGUGGCACCCCCAAGCCCCCUCGCACCGGCACCAUUCCUGCCCUGGUGCCCAAACCCACUUCCACCCCCCUGGUAAAAGUGGUGGGAAAGAUCUACUCCCUCAGGUGCCGGUUCUGUGAGGUGGAGUUCCAGGGUCCUCUCUCUGUGCAGGAGGACUGGAUCCGCCACCUCCAGCAGCACAUCCUCAACCUCAACUACAACAAGCCUGCUCCCUCUACCACAGAUCCCCCAGCCCAAGACCACAACCCAACCCCAACCUCAACCUCAGUCCCAGCCACUACCUCCAGCUUCACCACAACUCCUGCCCCCACCUCAACCUCAACCUCACCCACCAUCCACACCCACACCACAGCUCCUAAUGUUCCCCCUCCUUGCAGCCCCUCUCCUCCCCCAAUGGCUGAGUCUGCUCCAAUUGUCACUGCCACUCCAAUGGCAACAGCCUCAGCAGAGUCCACCCUCACCCCGAUCCUGAUCCCCACCCUGUCCUUGUAACCCCCAGUUCCAUAACAAUCCACACAUUCUUCUAACCAUCUUGUUCUGCCACGUCUUUGCCAUGCCUUGUUUCCAUCCACUUGUUCCUUCGGCCUCAACACUGGGGACCUGUUGUUGAAGUGUUUAAAGAGAAGCUUUCCCCCAACGAGCUCUCUCAACCCCCAGCCUCUCCUAGGAAGCUCUGCAGAUGGUUACAAAGCCCCAUUGCCAUGGGAACCCAAGCUCUCCUGACCAAAGUGGGUGAUUGCAACUGUCUAGGGCUUCGCGGUCUGCUGUUUCUUCUUUGUUUGGACUUGUUUGAGCUGAAUGUUCAGUUUGUAACGUGGACAGUUACACUUCCUGCCGCUCAGUGGUUAACCGAGAGGUUAACUUAAAACCAUAUUGAACUUUGACCUAUCUCCCUGCUCUAAACAGUGCUUUACAAAGACCUGAUAGGCUCCGCCCAUUUAUAUUUGAAGCACUUAAGAGGAGCACACUCAUGGCUCCUGCUUUACUUCCCUCAGCAACAUUUUAAAAGGAGUUUAAAUCAUGUUUUUGUAUUCAUGCUUAGUCUAUGGUACAGACUUAAAAAAGCCAAUUUACACGUUAUUUUGAUAAGACAAUUUUAACGUAGACAAUGUCACCUAGCACUUAACUAAAUGCCUCAUUGAUCAGGGCAGUGAUGAUGAGGAAAAGGCCCCUUUGAGAGAAAAGGAAGGACCCUGUAGAGGAAGCAGCACCUUGAAGGGAUGUCCCAUUCACCUUAGUGUUAGGCUGACAGGUGCAGUCACACAGUAACUUAAUGUUUUCUGAAUGUAGUUAAAGGGAUAGUUCACCCAAAUUACAUAUUGGUUUCCUGACCCUGUAAGCAGUCUAUGGACAAGGUAUCACAACAAUCCAUGCUGUGGUUUAGUUUCAUUGGCACCCUUUCCAAAUUUUGUGGCACAAAUCCAAUUUAAGUAAUGGCUAUAUGAUAUUAGCAUUUUUCUAACAUGUCCAAAUCAUUCGGAAAAUGUCUAAAAGCACAACAAAGUCACUUAUAUAUAAAUGCUGAUAUCGGUCCCAUGGGAUUUGUGCCACAAAUGCUAAAACGUUAGCAUUUGAAAACAGUGCCAGGGAAACGAAACCAGGAUUGCUGUCAUACCUUAUCUAUAGACUGUUUACAGGGUAAGGAAACCAAUGUGUAAUUUGGGUGAACUAUCCCCUUUAAUGCACUUAUUAUUUGAGAUGACUGUGCCAUAUUAAAUUAGGCUGGUCAUUAUGUUAUUCCAUAGUUUGAUGUCCCCAACACUGUUUAGCUAACGGCAUUUAAGCUCUUGAUGAAACUCCUCUAUUCUUUAGAUGAAAGGGUCCAUAGAAGGAUUGACGGUCACUAUUUCAAGUUUCAAUGCGGACACACAAUGUUGCCAUUUCUUUCUUGCCUUGUCAAUGAAACCCAAAACCAUGGUUGUUAUUUAUUAUACAUUUGAAUGUGGUGAACUAGGUUGUUUUUUUAGGCUCAAUUAGAACAUUGGAAUGUUUGAAAUUAGGCCAGUGACACUUUUAUCUAAGUGCAUAAGCUAUGUGUGUUUGUUUGUUUGUGUGUGUGUAUUUUUUGCACAAGAGGUGCAUGUGUAUGUCUUUCAAUGACUUUUAAAUGCUAGACAGAGGUCGACAGUAGCUAACACACAGGACCUCUCCGUAGCUAAAAUCGAGCUAAUCAUGGGAUCUGGUCUAUUUUUCAGUCUGAUCAGGACUUGACUGCAUCUGCCAUUCUCCUAAGGAUGUGCCAAAGAGUGUGUUUACUCCCUGGUCUCGCCUCUGUAAGCUGUUUACAUGGGACCUGUUCAUAGGGAGGAGCUCUGCACAGCUACGGAGCAACCAAGGCUCCUCAUUGGACGAGGGACAUGUAUCGGUGUACAUCUGGAUCCAGUGUCUCCCAGUAUGUGAACCACAGAGUUGACUGACUGUUGCAGUGACAUACAUAAGCGGCCUUGGCUUCAUGGAACUGUUACACUACUGCAUUAUUGCACCCAGUACACGGACGCCCACAGAGGUUGCUAUCUGUCAGAGCUCUGUGAAGUAUUGGUGCCCUUAACUCCAGACGCAUUACGUAUGGCCUCUGGUGGAACAGCUUCUAAAUUGGGGCGACGCUGUCGCUCCAGCGUGUCUUCACAUUGCUUCAGGUAAGUGUUUAUAUUUCCUGCAAAGUAAAGCAAUAACUGAAGAGUCCAUACAGAAAUUAACUUUUCAAGUUUGUUCAAGCAUUAAACUAUGUUGAAAACAUGACUGUUUGACCCUAACAAUCCCCCAUACCUUUUAUGGAAUAUAGAUACGUAUAUAUAACUACAUGUACUUAUGAAACUGUUGAUGCUAUUAGAGCUAUUAACAGUUCUAUUAACAGCUAGUUACAAAACAAAUGGAUCUUGAUUCCUUUUAUCGUGAUUUAGUUUCAACCUUCUAUGACAUGUCUUUUUAUUGCUCUGUGCAUUUGUGUAUUUGCAGUCCAGGAGGUGAAACCUUGAUGAGUAUUUUUUAUUUUCUUUGUUAGCUAGUUUCUCCAAGCUGAACAUUGGUGCUCAUGAGAAUGGGAUGGUGAGGAUGGGGAGUGACUGAAGACAGGAGAAAAUGAGUGAUUGUUGUGUCCUAAGAUCAGAGGACUCUAAAUACUUCAGUCUUUAAAGGGGACCACUUUUGCACGUUCAGAUUUUCCUCCACCAGUGAGUGUUCACAUCGUGAUAGGGUUAGCCUCUGGCAGGUUUGUGACUGUGUUACCGUGUAAGAUGAGUUUCCGCUGGUGUUACAACUAAGUCCCCUUUAAGAUUGCCUGUGUGUACCCCUCAGCUGGUAUGACUGGCUGCAGAGGGUUGGUGUGUGUGUGAAUGAGUGUGUGGAGAGCUAAGACCAUGAUCUGAUGAUGAUAAUAAAACAUAUUGAAGAAUUGUACUGUACACAAAGGGUUGAGGUUCAUGUGAAUCAGCUCCUGAACAAACAUUAAAUGUGAUUUGAAACUCA